GAGGCGACCCCAGCGGCCGAGGUCACCAUGAGUCCCGGUUUUCAGCGGGCGGUCGCCGGGCAGGGGGCGGCGGCCGCAGUGCAACUGCUUGUCAUCCUGAGCGUCCUCCCAAAUCUAGUCAGGACCCAGGUGACUGGAGUCCUGGAUGACUGCUUGUGUGACAUUGACAGCAUUGAUAAAUUCAACACCUACAAAAUCUUCCCCAAAAUAAAAAAGUUACAAGAACGAGACUAUUUUCGUUAUUACAAGGUUAAUCUGAAGCGACCAUGUCCUUUCUGGGCAGAAGAUGGCCACUGCUCAAUAAAAGACUGUCAUGUGGAGCCCUGUCCGGAGAGUAAAAUUCCAGUUGGAAUUAAAGCUGGCCAUUCAAAUAAGUACUUGGGAGCGGUAAACAGCACCCUAGACCUGGAGGACUGUGAGCAGGCUAACAAGCUGGGGGCCAUCAACAGCACAUUAAGUAAUGAAAGCAAAGAAGCAUUCAUUGACUGGGCGAGAUAUGACGAUUCACAGGACCAUUUUUGUGAACUUGAUGAUGAACGAUCUCCUGCUGCACAGUAUGUGGACCUGCUGCUGAACCCAGAGCGGUACACUGGCUACAAGGGCUCCUCGGCAUGGCGGGUGUGGAACAGCAUCUACGAAGAAAACUGCUUCAAGCCUCGAUCUGUGUAUCGUCCUUUAAAUCCUCUGGCACCCAGCCGAGGGAAAGAUGAUGGAGAAUCAUUCUAUACGUGGCUAGAAGGUUUGUGCCUUGAGAAAAGAGUCUUCUAUAAGCUUAUAUCAGGACUUCAUGCCAGCAUCAAUUUACAUCUGUGUGCAAAUUAUCUUCUGGAAGAAACCUGGGGUAAACCUAGUUGGGGACCUAACAUCAAAGAAUUUAAACGUCGCUUUGACCCUGUGGAAACAAAGGGGGAAGGUCCAAGAAGGCUGAAGAAUCUGUACUUUUUAUACUUGAUAGAGCUUCGAGCUUUGUCAAAGGUGGCCCCUUAUUUUGAGCGCUCAAUUGUUGAUCUGUAUACUGGCAACUUGGAAGAGGAUGCUGACACCAAGACCCUACUGCUCAGCAUCUUUCAGGACACAAAGUCCUUUCCCAUGCACUUCGAUGAGAAAUCCAUGUUUGCUGGUGACAAAAAGGGGGCCAAGUCAUUAAAGGAGGAAUUCCGGUUACAUUUCAAGAACAUCUCCCGCAUCAUGGAUUGUGUUGGGUGUGAUAAAUGCAGAUUGUGGGGGAAACUGCAGACUCAGGGUUUAGGCACUGCCUUGAAGAUACUAUUCUCUGAAAAAGAAAUCCAAAAACUCCCAGAGAACAGCCCAUCCAAAGGCUUCCAGCUCACUCGGCAGGAAAUAGUUGCUCUUUUAAACGCUUUUGGGAGGCUUUCUACAAGUAUAAGAGAAUUACAGAACCUUAAAGCGUUAUUGCAGAACAGGAGGUAAUGAAGAAUUGUGUAUGUCUCCAUAGACAUAACGGACUGUGUGAAGCCUUUUAGCCUUGGACACUGAACAGAGAGACUUAAGUGUCUAAGACUUGAAGAAUUCUCAACUCUUAAAGAGAAAAUUCAAAUGUCCACUUGAAUAUUUAUGAUCCUUAAUAGACUAUCAAUUAGAGAUAUUUAUAAAUGAAGUAUAUACUUUAAAAUUGUAAGUUAUGCUAAUCCCAUGUUUGUUUCACAUUGGUUUUGUUUGUACUGUAUUACUCGUCAUUCCUAGUUGUCAAACUUUAAAUGACCGUGUCUGUCCUGAGAAGACUAUUCAGUCUGUUGUAGAAAGAGAACUAGGGAACCAGUGCUGCCUAGGGCUGGUCUCAGUGACAGAAAUUUGUCAAUGGUGUACUUAGUAUUUCAGCCUCGCUUAACCCUGUGUGUCAUCUUCUGUAAUACAGGGCUGUCGCGAUAAUGAAUAGGCCUUUCAAUGACUAGUGAGAGAGGUUCUGGAUGAUUUCCCAGGACUUCGACCAUUUUUAAAUGUUUAGUUGCUGUUGCUGCUUUGGUUUUGAAGGUGGGUAAGUGCCAUCCCAUGCUCACUUGGCCUGUGUACCCGAGGCUGGCUCAAGAGUGGCAUGUCCUUUACCUAAAGCCUACAGCUCUCUUUCUGAGUUUUCUUUUUGUUCCUUCCCUAAUUAUAGACAUUUUUAGUUGCUUUAUGAAAAGCCCUAUUUAUUUAAUGGAUUUUUUUCUUCACAAAAUUUGAAUGGGAUCCUAUGGGUUUAUAAUGCUAAUUGCAUUAUACACAAAUUUUGCUGUUUUAAAGUAAGCAUUUUAAAUAUUUGAUUUUGAACACAAUCUAUGCAAUCCUCUACCUCUGUGUGGCUCUGUCUGGUGAAGUGCUUCAGCAUGAGUGUGACCGCCUCCUCCCCUCUCUCCAUCUUCAG